AUGCUAGAAGCCACACCGCCACAGUUCGCCCUUCUGUCUUCCGUCAUUGUUAUGGCCAUGAAGGAAGUUAACCGGCCCACAUCAUCCGCCAAACCACCCGCCACCGAGGAACUCACGAACCCCUUGACCGAUGAGGGGAAAUUCGAUUCCACAAUCGCCAAUGACGAGGAAGCCCUAGCACAAGUUGUAGAGGAACUCAUUGAGAAAUAG